AUGCAUAUUUCUUACCAAAGAAAAAAAGGAAAUUAACGACAAACUUCCAACAAUAUGAAACCUUCUUUCAUCCUCUUUUCUUGUACAAUUCUAAAUUGAAUUCUCAAAGUUUGAGUUUCUCACGAUAGUUGAAUCUUUGACCCAAUCUCCUAUUCUCUCCCACUUUUCCUUUAUAUUCAUUUCAUUCUCUUUCAAUUCCUUUAUUCCCACUCCAUAAGUUCUCUCUCUCAACGGUUGGCUUUGUGAUCUUGGAAUCUUUUUUUUUCCAAAAUGGUGGGAGCUUUGUUUGUUGUUGGUGCACCUGUGAUCGACUCCCCGCCGCCGUGUUUUUCUUUCGACUCGUCGCCGGUUACCAAUAUGAGUCUUAGAAGUGGUGGGGAUUUGGUUUUGCAAAGGAAAUCUAAGACUAAGAGUUAUUCAACCGUGUCUAAAUCGGUGGAUUUGAGAAGUUCGUUUGUUAAUUUUGGUGACGAAUGGCAGCUCUCGGCCGGUGGUUGCCGUCAGAGUCGGAGGAACCAACGAAGGAAUCGGAGGCUUGUUAUCGUCAAUGAAUUUGCAGGGCAGUAUGAGGAUAGUUUUGAUGAUGUGAAAAUGCAAAUACAGAAUUAUUUCACAUACAAAGCUGUGAAGACAGUUUUGAAUCAGCUUUAUGAGAUGAACCCAACACAGUACAGAUGGUUUUAUAACUUUGUUGUAAAUCACAAGCCUGGGGAAGGGAAGCGUUUCAUUCGAACUCUUGUAAAGGAGAAGCAAGAUUUGGCUGAGAGGGUGAUGAUAACAAGGCUUCAUCUCUAUAACAAAUGGGUUAAGAAAUGUGAUCAUGCUGAAAUAUACAAAGAGAUAUCUGAUGAGAACUUGGAGUUGAUGCGAGAGAGGCUAAUGGAGACUGUGAUAUGGCCUUCCGACGACUAGAGCUUUUAGGAGAUUGGCAGACUAGGAGUUAGAAGAUUUUUUUAUCUUAUUUAUUUCCUUUAGUGUCGACCAAUCUGGCCAUGUUCCUAAUUAGUUGUAUUCACAUUCAUAUUAUUUUCCACCAACUAAUAAGAAUUCUUACAUCCACUACUACAAAAAAAAUUCAAUGUAAAUACUUUCAACAUGUUAUACCAUGUUAAAAGUAUCAAUCUCAUUGAAUAUGUUCCUAUAAACAAAUGGCACUUUGGAUAUUAGUCCAACCGUUUCAUAUCUGUUGUACUUGCAGUAACCAAACCUCACAAGAUAUCCCAUUGUGUGCUAAUCUAGGUAUGAUUCUAUCGGUUUAGGCCUAAACCUUUGACUAAAAGGUCAUAGGUUCGAAAAUCAUGAAUCCCAUAUGUUGUUGAACUCAAAUAUAAUAAUAUUUCACAUUCUGUGUCAA